AGCAAACACGAAAAACAAUAGCUGAAGAGAACUUAUAAGCGAAAGUGAAAGUCAGCAGCGUCCUCUCACACCAUGGCGUCCGGCAGUAAGUCUGAGACUCAGAGUCUGAAGGAGGACCUGACCUGUGCUAUCUGCUGCGAUCUGUUCAGAGAUCCAGUAAUGCUCGGCUGCAUGCAUCAUUUCUGCAGGAAAUGCAUUACAACCUACUGGAGGAGCAUCAGAGGCCCCGCCGUGUGCCCACAGUGCCGCCACGAGUUCCCCAAUAAGCAGUUCCAAACCAACUAUCUGGUGGCUGGCCUGGUGGAAAAAGUCAGAGCGAGCUCAUCUGCUGGAUCUCUGAAACAUCUACAGAAGCAGAUCAAGGAUUGCCUGGCAUGUCAAAAGUCACAGAAAGAAGAAAUCAUCGCCAUGAUCCGCAAAGACCAGGAGCAGAUGGAGAAAGUGCGGAAAACAGGAGCUGAGCUGCAGGAACGCGUGCGCGGUGACUUCCAGGCUCUGCACCGCCUCCUGCAGGCGGAAGAGGAGGCCGUGACGGACCAGCUCAAACGAGACCAGGAAGAGAUCGAGCAGAGCAUCGAGGGCCACCUGACGGCCCUGCACGCUGCGGUUCGAGAGCUGGAGCAAAGCGUGAGCGCUCUUCAAAGCGCCACCAGCACCGCGGCCAUUAGCAUGCCAGUGGAGCGCCCCGAAUUAAAUUUCAGACCACAAGCAGUGCAAGCGAUCAAAGAACCUGAUGUUGACGGUUUCAGAAGCAAGUAUAUUUCUCCUCUUCAGUACAGCACGUGGAGGAAAAUGAUUCACAGUCUCAGACCUGGCCCUCUGCGAUUAACCUUCGAUGAGGACACGGUUCAUCCAAACCUCGUGCUUCUGCGAGAUAAAACAGUAGUGGCUGAGACGGAUGUCAGGCAGCCCUACACACCCAACCCCAAACGCUUCACUCAGUGCGUCAACGUCCUGGCGGCGCAAGGCUUCCAGACCGGCCAGCAUUACUGGGAGGUCGGUGUUGGCAACAAGCCCAAGUGGGACAUAGGUGUUGCCUUGGAAACGGUUAACCGCCAGGCGCGGGUGAAGCUCUGCCCCGAUAACGGUUACUGGACCCUGCGUCUGCGCAACAGCACCCAGUACUCGGCGGGCACCCAGCCCUGGACCCCGGUCCCUGUGACCUCUCGACCUUUCAGGAUCGGAGUCUUCCUGGACUGUGAGGAGCACACGGUUUCCUUCUACAACACAGACAACAUGCAGCUCCUGUUCUCCUUCUCUGACGGGCCCCGGGGAAAGGUUUACCCCUUCUUCAGCACCUGCAUUAGUGAGCCUGGCAAGCAAAUUCAGCCAAUCUGUCUCCUCCACUACCCCAGCAUGACUGUCUGAGACGGCCAUCAUCCUGAUUGUGCUUCGGUCAGCCACCUGAAAUGCACGUCCGAAAGCCUUUCAGGAGGUUCUUUGAUCUUUAUCAAACAAGUGGCACAGGCUGGAGGCUGCAGUGACUUAUUUCAUCCUUUCAGCUUUAUCCAUCACGUUCACCUAUCAGGCUUUGCGUACACUAUAGGAACAAAAGUAUUGGGACACCUAUUCUUUUACAGAGUGUAAUAAAUCAAUUAUAUAAAGAAAUUUAUAUGCUUCCAAUGUUGCAGCAACAGUUUAGGGAAGAUUCUGUCCUGUUCUGGCAUGACUGUCCCCUGUGCACAAAGCAGCUCUAUAAAGACAUGAAGAAAAACUCGGUUUAAAGAAACUCCAGUGUCCUGCACAGACCAACAUCAGUGCCCAGUCAUACAACUGACUGAAUGGGCACAAAUUCCCACAACUUUCAAAGACUUGUGAGUCUUUAAGGAGUGGCUGCUGUUAUCUGCUGAAAAGAUCACACAGAGGUCACUCUGUUUUAAUACCAUUUGUUUUUGAAAUGAGACGUCCAACAAACUCAUGGUCAGAUGUUCAUGAAGCCAGUGAACAACACUGUUGAUAAUGGUGGAUAACAGGUCAGUGAACAGGCUGGAGUCUGCAGUGGCUUCUCCUAAAUAUUUCAGCCUUUAUCCAUCGAGUUCACCUAUCUGACCAUGCAAAGGCUUUGCAUACACUAUAAGGACAAAAGUAUUGGGACACCCAUUCUAUUACAAAGUGUAAUCAAUCAAUGAUAUAAAGCAGCGUUUCCCAACUUUUUUUUUAACCACGGACCGGAUUCAUAUAAGAUAUAAUUUCACGGACUGGUAGGGAAGGGAGGAUUUAAUAAUAUUGCUCACAAACGAUGUCAAAUGAGCUUUUUCCGCUGCACCUAGGGGUGACAAAAAGACAAUAAACACCCGAAAUAGAAGCAGUGAAAACGCUUUUCUAGCGAUCUCUAAUUAUUCAUUCUUUCUGUGCGGCCCGGUAAUAAAUAGCCGCCCGGUGGUUGGGGACCUCUGAUAUAAAGGAUUAUUUGCAGCAACUGUUUAGGGAAGGCCCUUUCCUGUUCCAGGAUGACUGUGUCCCUGUGCACAAAGCAAUCUCUAUAAAGACGUGACUUGACUUCAGCCUCACUCAGCAGCUCUGAAAUGAACUGGAGCAUCAACUGAGACUUUCUUGACCAACAUCAGUGCCCAGCCAUAUUAAUGCUUUUUUGACUGAAUGGGCACAAAUUCCUACAUUCUUCAAAGCCUUGUGAGAAGAGUGGCUGCUGUUAUAGCUGAAAAGAUCGCACAGAGGUCGCCAAUGAACACUACUGUGUUGUUUAAGGUUGUGUUGUGAUUUCAACAUUUGCUUAAAAACUCAAGUACCUUAAACUCUCAAUGCAUGCAAAAAAUCAUUAUCAAACAUGACAACAUAUAAUCUAAUACUUCUAUCACAGUUAUCAAAUACAUUUACUGUAAUGUAGGGGGAUCAUGGAACAUUCUUUUAUUAUUAUUAUUAUUAUAUUAAGCAUUUUUUCCUUUUUCUCCUAAUGUAGUCGUAUCCAAUUACCCUGAUUAUAUCUCUCCUCCACUGCCUUUGAGCAGGGCUGUACCUGACACACGGCCCCUCCGACACGUGUGUAGUAGCCAAGCGCUUCUUUUCAUCCGUAUCUGUACACAGGGUCAUGGACGGAGCUCUAUCAUUCCCCAUCCCUGUACGGGCCUCUUCGACCAGCCAGCAGAGGCCGCAAGCGCAGCAGCAGUGAGGAAUCUCUUCAGCCCUCCCACCCUCAGACACAGCCAAUCGUGUGGUUGUGGUUGUAGGCGCCCGGCCGGUCGAUAUCAGAGCAGUGUAGAUUUUUUGAGCUUUUUCUCAAGAUUUAUGUUGAAGGCCUUUUAACAAUGGACAUGGGGUGAAUAAGCAACUGUCCGGUGUAUAUUUAGCAUCUGAAAAAAUUUAAACAAAGCUUUAAAACAGUGCAUUAGUACGUGUUCAUACGAAUCAUUAAUAAAUCAUGAAAAAUUAUAUAAUUUUAACAUAGUUUUACACAGGAAUGUAAACUGUAUAAUCAUUUAUCUAUAACAGGAUUCAGUAUGAGUACCCAAGUACCUAAAUACCCCAGUACUUGCAACAAUAAUAAAAACAAAAACAAUAAAUGAUCAAUUAUGACAACGUAUGACAAAUGUUCAUUUACAUUUAUAAAAUGUAGAAAAAGGAUUUGAGACACAGCCCCUUAGACACAGCCUAUAGUGUCUGUUUAGACACCCAAAUGGUUGAUAGUACCUGCUUUGAAGUUUCGAACCCGGAUCUCAGUGGUGUUGUGCUAGAAUAAUAGACCAUUGUGCCAUCCAAGCAUUUUACAUGUGCAUUCAUGCCCAUGGAUGCUUCCAUAAAACUCAAUCAAAGCAGUUUUAAAGCCCCAAAUACCCAUCCCUGAUUAAUAGCAGUAUUUGCUUUAGUCAUGAUUUUUUAGUCAGUAUUUUAGUGAUAUCACACUAAAAGAAGGUAUAGGAUAGGGUAUUGGCGGGUGUUGGUAUAGCACAGGGUUUUUUAAACCUUAGGUGGGUCGCGAGCCGAAAGAAAUAAGUUGCAGAGAAAUAUAAUUAAAUAAACUUGUACACGAACGCCCCCUUGUGGAGGAGUAAGAUGAGGGUGCCCAGGUGGCGCAGCGGGAUAUUCCAGUAGCACACCAGCGCCGAGAUUCUGAACUCCUCGGUUCGAUUGGCAGCGCCUGCAGCAGACACAGGUCUGCUGGGGUGGGACGACCGGACUAUGUUGGUGGGGUCUUCAAGCGCUGUGUAAGGACCCUGAUUGUGCAGAGUGCAUAGGUGAAAAAGGGUUCUGUUAGGGUUUGCGUGUGGGUCGGAGGAGGCGUGAGCAGCAAUAUACCCACCUCAACUGCAGUCAGGGAUCCUCCAGCAGCGGAAGACAAACUGACUACGCUAAAUUGGGAGAAAAUGCAUAAAUAAAAUAGAAAAAAAGAGAGUAAGAUGCAUUGUCUUGCCUGGGUGGCUUGAAAAAAAGUUUGAAUAGCAGAUACGUUUGUGACCAACCUUUUCUACUGUAUCCGGUCUGCAGAACAUCAUGACGGUUAAACAGGACCAAGUGGUGAAAACCAGCUCGUCACACUCGGCCCUGCAGAACACUAAAGUCUCACAUUAGCCCUGGAUUAGGAGCUACUGAUUUACACGCCCAUCACUCACAUUCCAUUCGGACCUAUUCACCAUGUGAUUUGUAUACUGUAAUUGAAUCAAAUGUACAGUAUGUAUGAACACAGAUCAAUCACAGAUCUAUAAUCUCAUCAGCUUGUAACCAGGUGAGCGCAGAUGCAUAGAGAUCGGAUUUGGUCUGGACAAUUGACAGUGACGGAGCAAAGUAUGGAUACUAAGCUUUCCUCUGUAAAAACAGCUCACACUGUUUUCGGCUUGUUUAUGUCUGCUGGAGGAACUGUAAGUACCGUUCGUACAAAAUGUGAUUGAGUAUUUUGAUUGUGUGUUUGUAAUGGUGUUAAAGAUGGUUAAUACUUUAUAAAGUAUUUUGCACGGCAAUAUUUGCAGAGAAUCCUGUAAUGCAGUAAUAGCCCAGUCAUUAAGGUACUGGACUUAACUCAAGGUUGCUGGUUCAAGUUGUCACUAUUGGACCCUUGAGCAAAGGCGUUAAUCUUCAAUUGCUUAAAAAUUCUGCACAGGCGCCUGUCUAUCUGCUAAUCAGGGUCCUUACACAGUGUUUGAAGACCCCACCCAGGUAGUCUGGCCAUCCCGCCCCAGCAGAACCGUGUUUGCUGCAGGCACUGCCAAUUAUGCCCGCUAGAUGGCGCCCAGCCGACUGGUGGUAAUGCUGAGUUUUGAACCGAGGUUUUUUAAAAACAGAUGAUGGAGGUGUUAGAAGAGCAUUUUGUGUGUGUGUGUGUGUGUGUGUGUGUGUGUGUGUGUGUGUAUGUGUGUGUUUAAUGGCCUGUUAGAGGUGGCACGGUGGCUCAGUGGGUAGCACUGUCGCCUCACAGCAAGAAGGUCCUGGGUUCGAUCGGUCCGGGUCCUGUCAGUGUGGAGUUUGCAUGUUCUCCUUGUGUCUCUGUGGGUUUCCUGCGGGUGCUCCGGAUUCCUUCCACAGUACAAAGACGUGCAAGUGAGGUGAAUUGGAGAUACAAAAUUGUCCAUGAGUGUGUUUUACAUGAAAUACUUGUGUAUAAACCUUGUGUAAUGAGAAACUACCGUUCCUGUCAUGAAUGUAACCAAAGAAAAGUGUAAAACAUGACGUUAAAAUCCUAAUAAACAAACAAUCGAUCCCCAGGUGGGGCGGUCCGGGUCCUUUCUGUGUGGAGUUUGCAUGUUCUUCCCGUGUCUGUGUGGGUUUCCUCCGGAUGUUCUGGUUUCCUCCCACAGUACAAAGACGUGCAGGCCUGCAACACAUUCCAAAAAAAGUUGGGACGUGGGCGGGAUGGUACAAAAGCAGCAUCGAGUCUUUGAUGAGGCGCCCAGGUGGUGCAGUGGGAUAUUCCGCUAGCACACCAGAGCUGAGAUUCUGAACUCCUCGGUUUAAAACUUGGCAUUGCCACUGGUAAGAAGAAGCAGCACCGGUUUCACUGGGAAACACUAGGCGCAAGACAGGAAUGCACUGGACAGAGUACCAACAUCUCCCCCUUUCUGCAGACAAAGCCUAUGUUUGGACGCCCGGCAGGUCAAUAGCACUGCUAAGAUUUAAACCCAGAUUUCAGUGGUGUUAGUGCUGCACCACCGAGUGCCAAAAUAAAUGAUUAUAAGCUAUAAUAUAAACGUUGGGUUGUUACUGAGUGAAUAUUACUGACAGUGUUGUGAUUCGCAGGGAGCAAAUCAUUAAAAUCAUCAGUCAAUGUUUUUGUGAUGUAAUAAUUAACCACAGUACUCCAACACAGACAGUAAUUUGAGGUGGGGAUUAGUGGUGUAUCGAUCCGAUACCAAGUAAAUACAGGGCCAGUAUCGCCGAUAUCGAUCCGAUACCGAUACUUUUUAAUCAUUAAGGUAGAUGCAUCAUCAAAUUGCUAAAUAUGAAUGAAUUUUCAUGACAUUUAAGUGUAUUAUUGUAAUACAUACAUUUUUGUGAGUAGCUGCUCUCAGUAGGGUUGUAAAUAAAUUCAGUUGAUUAAAGUGGUCAGA